AUGGCCAUCGAACUCGUCGAUCCCGCCAUGACAAACGGCGCAAACGGUAACGGAAUCAGCAACGGCGUCCACGCCAACGGCAAGCGCGCCGCCGGCAAUGGCGAUCUGAACGAGAAGCAACCGCUGCACGACGACCUGAACCCACUCCCGCUACGAGCGACAGCGACAGCGACCAACACCAUCGUCCAGCCCACCCCCGUCAAGGCAGGCAGCAAGGACGUCGAGGCGGGCAAGCGCUCCCCGUCGCCGCCGCCCAAGAUCGAGGCCGGCCGGCACCCAGACGCAGUCUACGCCGAGAGCUUGGCGCCGUGGCGAGACUCCUUCCGGCGAUGGUGUGUUCGCCGCCUCGGGCCUGAGAGCGAGCGUAUCGCUCGCUGGCAGGCCAAGGUCCGCACACCCGCGCGCGACACGUUCUUCUUCUACAGCGCCAUCUUCGGAACACGGACCCGAGACCUCUUGGCAAGUCACCCGCUGACAGCAGCACAUACGUUCUUCACUGCCUUCCUCCCCGUCCUCUUCUGGCUCGGAUACCCUGUCGAGGGCCGAAUCACCCACCACCGCGAGUACGGCUUCCCGUCGUCGCACUCGACCAAUGCGAUCAGCAUUGCCCUCUUCAUGGGCCAGAUGAUGUGGGAGCGACGCGAGUGGUUCGGCAUGCCCACGGUGCUGCUGGGCUGGGCCGUGCUCUUCCUCUACUACGCUAGUGUCGCCGGCGGCCUCGACGUCAUCGGUGGCACGCUGCUCGGCAUCUUCUGCUGGGUCGGCCAGAUUGCAGGCAAGGCGAUUCUCGACUGGGUCGAGACCGGCAGCCUGUGGAGCAUCUACCUCGGCUUCCCGCUCACGCUUGCGCUGAUCCACUUCCACCCGCGGACGCCAGACGACUGUCCCUGCUUCGAGGAUGCCGUAGCUAUCAUCUCGGUCAUUUUCGGUUGCACGGUGGGCCACCUGCUGGAGCACUACUUCCCGCUUCCUAAGGGAUCGGGCGUCUGGUCGCUGGGUAUCUUCUGGGGCCUCUUCUUCAACCUCGUCAAGAUCACGGUCGGCCUGGCAGCCAUCGUCGUCUGGCGCCUGAUCGCGAAACCGACCUGUCUCCGUGUCUUCCCCGUCAUCUUCCGCGCCGUCUCAAAGGCCCUCGACACGGAACUCCCCCACCGCCCCUUCUAUGCGCCCGCGACGACGUACAAGGGCGGCGCGGACGCGCCCAUCCGCCCCGUGCCUUCCUUCGGUGAGCUGGCGCACGUCGACUCGGACGUCAACCUCGACGUCAAGGCCAGUAGCCGCCGCUCUCCCUCGCCUCUCAAUGUCGAGGACAGCGUGCAGAUGCGCCAUCGCCACCAGAAGGGCGCCGACAUGGCGACGCUCAAGCGCCGCUUCGACCCGGUCGCGGGCAACAGCCACCGCGGACGGCGCGCAAGUUUGCGCAAGCGCUACGACGCCGAGGUGCUCACCAAGUUUGUCGUGUACACCGGCAUCGGUCUCGUGGCGGGCACCGUGACGCCGUUCGUUGCGCGCGAGCUGGAACUCGCGUACGGCCUGCCUUAA